GAACGCGACGCCAUGCUUCAUGGCGGCGGGAGCGACUCUGCAAAUUCCGCACGGGCGGGCUGGCGGGGCGGAACAGCCGGGGCUGAUCGUGCUGACUAAGCAGUGUCGCGCCUGGAAUUUCGCGUUCCCGACUGGCUCACGUCUUGCUCAGCCCGUCUUGACCUCUGCCAACCAUGUCCUUCGUCCGCGCCGCCGUUCGCUCCGCCUCCACCGUUGCUGCCCGCCGUCCGUGGACUGCCGCGGCCGUCCCCCGGGCGCGCCAGAUGCCCCGCUUCCCCGUCUUCCGCAUCGCGCCGUACUCGUCCGGCGGUAGCCUCACCAAGGACACCAUCCAGUCGCGUGUUCUCGACGUGCUCAAGAGCUUCGAGAAGGUCGACCCGGCAAAGUUGACGCCGACUGCCUCUUUCGCAAACGACCUCGGGCUGGACAGCCUGGACGCUGUCGAGGUCGUCAUGUCUAUUGAAGAGGAGUUCGGUAUCGAAAUCCCUGACGCGGAGGCUGACGCCAUUACCACUGUCGGCCAAGCAAUUGACUACAUUGCCAAGACGCCUGAGGCUGCAUGAACGUCAUGACGCGUCUAUGAGUCCCCUACGAGUCUUGAAUCCCUCACGCUGAAAAAGUGGUCUGGGAGGUGGCAUACCUGCCGACAGUAGUUCAAGCGCGUACCUACGUAAACAGCAAUAUAGCACGUCCGGCUGCAUGCACUCCA